UUUUCUCAAUAAAAAGCAACUAAUUAUGUUCAAAUGAUCGUAGUACAACAUUGAACUUUGAGUAAACUCCUUGGGAGGAGAGUGUUCUAUCAAUACUGGUGUUUGUCUUCCUCAUUUUCAUGGAGCUUCUACUGCCCUCGUUCACCCCCAUAUUUAUUUCCAUCCUUUUCUUGUUCAUGGCAGCCAAAAUAAUAAAGGGAUCAAAGUCCUGGAACUCAAGCUCAAAGAUGCCUCCAGGGCCCGGGAAACUACCUCUCGUUGGAAACUUGCACCAGCUGGUUGGUUCACUACCCCAUCGCCUCCUCAGAGACUUGGCCAGAAAAUAUGGACCUUUGAUGCACCUCCAACUCGGUGAAGUUUCAACUAUCAUAGUUUCUUCUCCAGAGAUUGCCCGAGAAGUUAUGAAAACCCAUGACAUCAAGUUUGCAGACAGACCCCUUCUGGUUUCCGCUAAGUUGGCAAGUUAUGAGUAUACUGAUAUUGGUUUUUCACCGUAUGGAAAUUAUUGGAGACAGCUCCGAAAAAUUGCAACCAUAGAGCUCUUAAGUGCAAGGCCAGUCCAAUCACUGCGAUCACUCAGGGAAGAAGAGGUCUCAAAUCUCAUUAAUGCCAUACGGGCUCAUGAAGGAUCAGUAAUCAAUCUCAGUGAUAAAAUUGUAAGAUUGACAUACGGCAUAACAGCCAGGGCAGCUUUUGGGGCAAGAUGCAAAGAUGAAGAAGCUUUCGUAUCAUGCGUAUUGGAAAUCGCACGGGCAGCUGCAGGUUUCUCCCUUGUUGAUUUCUACCCUUCCGUUAAAGCAAUUCAGGUUAUUAGUGGAACGGAUGGGAAGCUUGAGAAGCUGCAUCAGAAGAGUGAUAGAAUACUUGAAAAAAUCCUGAAUGAGCAUAAAGAGAAGGAGAGAACACAAACAAGCGAAAGAGAAGUAAAGGAAAAUUUAGUUGAUGUUCUUUUGAGAGUCCAGCGAGAAGGUGACCUUGAAUUUCCCCUAACUGACGACAACAUCAAAGCAGUCAUCGGGGAUAUUUUCGGCGCUGGAAGUGAGACAUCAACAACGGCUUUACAGUGGGCAAUGACAGAAUUGAUGAGAAACCCAAGGGUAAUGAAAGAAGCACAAGCUGAAGUAAGACGAGUCUUUGAUGGAAAAGGAAAUGUUGAUGAAACUGAAAUUCAGGAAUUGAAGUACUUAAAAUUAGUGCUAAAAGAAACCCUGAGGCUGCACUUUCCUUUACCUCUUUUACUUCCAAGGGAAUGCAGAGAGAGUUGUGAGAUUAACGGGUACAAGAUUCCUGAGAAAACCAGAGUCAUUGUCAACGGAUGGGCAAUUGGAAGAGAUCCUGGAUACUGGAAUGACGCUGAGACAUUCUAUCCUGAGAGAUUCCUUAACAGCUCAAUUGAUUUCAGGGGGAUGGAUUUCGAAUACAUUCCAUUUGGAGCUGGAAGGAGAAUUUGUCCAGGCUUAACGUUUGCACUACCAAAUAUUGAGCUGCCACUCGCACAACUUCUUUACCAUUUUGAUUGGAAGCUCCCGAAUGGGAUGAAUCCUGAUGAUAUAGACAUGAGUGAGGUCUUUGGUAUAACUUUAGGAAGGAAAACAGACUUGAUGCUGAUUCCUAUCACUUAUUGCUCUUAGUAUUCUCUUAUAUAUUUUCCCUUUUCUGUUUUCCAGGUUUGUUCUUCUGGGUGAUUAUGAUUUUCAGAGCAUAGAAAUGUUAAGCAUGUUAAGCUUUGUUUGCU